CAGUGCUGGUGUUUAUUGUUAAAGUGUGAAGGGAGCGCAGGACAGAGGAGAAGUGAGGCGGAAACAGACUCCGACACAUACAGGUCGACCGGACCUUUCAUGAGCGUCUGUUCUGAUCCUGGAGCAGCGCUGGUUAUAAUGACAAAGAGGGAGCACAUCGCUUAGACAAUGAACGGAGCAGAAAACAUGAAUCGAUUAUGUUGUGUCACUGACUCGAUGCAUCGUCGCUCACUUCCGCGAGACAGCAGGUUCCUGAUCUUCUUCCCUCAGCUGGAGAAGUUGUCUCGGGAUGGAUCUCACCUCCCUCCUCCUCCUCCUCCUCUCCUCUCUCUGCUUCUCCUGCUGCUUCGGAGCUGCUCCUCCGAACUUUGUCCUGGUUUUCGCCGAUGAUUUAGGUUUCGGGGAUCUGGGCUGUUACGGACACCCCACCUCUCUCACCCCGAACCUGGACCGUCUGGCCGCGGGAGGACUCCGCUUCACCGACUUCUACUGCUCCAGCCCGGCCUGCAGCCCGUCCAGAGCGGCACUGUUGACGGGACGUUACCAGACUCGCUCCGGCAUCUACCCAGGAGUGUUAUACCCGGGCUCUAUAGGCGGUCUUCCUCUGAACGAGACCACCAUCGCUGAGGUCCUGAAACCUCUGGGCUACGCCACAGCUGCCGUGGGAAAGUGGCACCUGGGAUUUGGGGCCAAUGGCAAGUUCCUUCCAACCAAGCAGGGGUUUGACCAGUACAUGGGGAUCCCUUACUCCCAUGACCAGGGCCCCUGUCAGAACUUGACUUGUUUCCCUCCAGAUGUGAAGUGUUUUGGAUUGUGUGAUGUCGGUGCAGUAACUGUUCCGCUAAUGUACAAUGACGUCAUCAAGCAGCAACCGGUCGACUUCCUGGACCUGGAGAAUAAGUACAGUGACUUCGCAACCAACUUCAUCACCACAUCGGCCAAGAAGAAUCAACCUUUCUUCCUCUACUAUCCCUCUCAUCACACCCACUAUCCCCAGUAUGCUGGUCAAGGGGCCGCCGGGAAGUCUUUAAGGGGCCCAUUUGGAGAUGCUCUGCUGGAGUUUGACAACACUAUCGGAAACAUACUGACAGCCCUGGAGAAGACAGGAGUCAUCAACAACACUCUGGUCUUCGUCUCUGCAGACAAUGGACCUGAGCUGAUGCGUAUGUCCCGUGGCGGUAAUGCUGGCCCUCUGAAAUGUGGGAAAAGCACCACGUAUGAGGGGGGCAUGAGGGAGCCAGCCAUCGCGUACUGGCCAGGGACCAUCAAACCAGGUAUCACUCAUGAGCUGGCCAGCACUCUGGACAUCCUCCCCACCAUCUCAACCCUGGCAGGAGCCAAACUGCCCCAGGUGAUGCUGGAUGGAGUCGAUAUGACUGAGUUACUUGUCAAACAAGGAAAGAGUAAAAGGGAGACGAUGAUAUUCUACCCCACAGACGCCAGUGAGAUGUAUGGUCUGUUUGCUCUCAGGCUGGGGAAGUACAAGGCCCACUACUACACUCAAGGUUCAAUCAAAAGCAGCACGACCCCGGACAAAGACUGCCAAGAAUUCGCUGUUCUCAAGGCCCACGACCCCCCGCUGCUUUUCGACCUGGAGCUUGACCCCUCUGAGAACUACCCUCUCUUUCUGGAGGGUAAACCCGACCUCCAAGCCCUGCUGGAGAGGAUGAAGAGAGUCAAGCAGCAGUUUGAAGCCUCCAUGGUGUUUGGGCAGAGCCAGAUAUCAAAAGGAAUAGACCGCAACCUGGAGCCUUGCUGCAAUCCUCAGUGUACCCCCAAACCCAGCUGCUGCCGGUGCUGAUGGGACAGAUGUGUGGGGAGGCUGAAGCUACUGGACUGAUUUUACUGUACAAAGUGCUCAAAGCUCAUAGGCUGUGAUUUUUGAAAUUAUGCAAUUCAGCUUCUUGUUUUGGAAUGUUAAGUUUCAGUACGACAAAUACUGAAAAGUAAUUUUGCAAAUAGUCUCUUUUCCUCAGUGAGGAAAUCACAUUUAUCUGGACCUACCAUUCUUCCAUGGGUCAUUUCCGGCUCCCACACAAAAUUUCAAGUUUCAGUAUUUUUUGAGAAAUCCUGCUAACUAAAGAACAGAGAAACAAAGCCAGAAGAAAACAUAUCAUCCUCACCGCAGGAAAUAAUGCACGACAAUGAAGGUAUGGUUCUAUUUCUGUUAGUGGGAUCAGGCACAAAUUACUACUGUUACCAGGAAACCUGAUGGAAGGAUGUGUUAAGGGUUGGAAAGAACCCUUAAAAUGUUCAGGGGGCUCAUCCAAAAAUGUUUGUUUGUGAGAUUGGUUUUUAAAAAACAUUUUAGUUUAUUUCCCACAUGAAUAUUAAUUGAUCUUGAUUUAAAAAACCAGGCACUCUGUGGGGACUGAUCAAGUGCACAUCAGAAAAAAAAUGGAUGCUGUGAAUUACUUUAUUUUGUUAUACUUUCAUAAGGGGACUUUGGGGCCUUGGUGGAGAUUUGCAGUCUUUAACCACCCCUCUAGUUUUAAUUGAUCCAUUAUGAAAUGUUAAGUUCAACAUUCUAUAUCAUCAAAAGUUUUUCAAGAUUUAUGGAGGUAUUUGUAAAAAUGUUUUGCAGGAAAUUUCAAUCAGACAAAAAAGAGUGGAUGUGAACAAUAAAGACGACACGAAAGGUU